CGUGUCAAUAGUCAACAUAGCGCAGUCGCCGCGUGUACUACGGUUGUCUUAUCGACGCGCUCGAAGUGUGCACAUCUGCGGCGACAGUUUAGUCUCAGGAGAGUGGAAUAUGUUCGAUAGAAAGAAGUAUGAGAAGAGCGCGGAAAUGGCGAUCACACCGCAGGGGCCGAUCAAGUUCCAAAGCGCCGUGCCGAAAAUCAGGCAACAGUUGCUAAAGUGGAACGGUUGGGGUUACAAAGAUUCCGAAUUUCGUGUGAAUGACGAAAAUAUCAUAGAGUUCACUGGUAACAGAUAUCCCAUUGGAAACCGACAGCUUCCAUAUUUCGCGAAAUGGUGUCAAGAUAGGCUUGGGGUGGAAUGGGAAGUGAGGAAUAUGUCUCAGAAUUUGCCUACGCACUUGCCGGCACCAAUUCUUUCAGCAGAGCUAUUGAAAGCGAUCGAACAGCUGAAGAUCGAAUACUCGACCGAUGGUGCCGAUCGUCUGAUACGGGCACAUGGCCAUACGAUGCGAGAGAUUUUUCUUCUAAAGCACGGUUCUUUCGAGAGAAUACCAGACAUCGUUAUUUGGCCAACGAAUCAUGAUGAUGUCGUCAAAAUUAUCAACUUAUGCGCGAAUUAUGGAACGGCUUGCAUACCUUUCGGCGGUGGGACCAGUGUCAGCGGUGCCGUAUAUUGUCUCGCGAAUGAACGCCGGACAAUAAUCUCGUUAGACACGUCACAAAUGAAUCGGAUAUUAUGGAUAGACAGAGACAAUUUGUUGAUGUGCUGUGAAUCGGGUAUCAUCGGCCAAGAUCUAGAACGGCAACUCCGUCUGCAAGGAUUUACGAGCGGCCAUGAACCUGACUCGUAUGAAUUUUCUAGCUUAGGUGGAUGGGUGGCGACUAGAGCGAGCGGUAUGAAGAAGAAUACAUAUGGUAAUAUUGAGGACUUAAUGGUGCGAGUACGAAUGGUCACCGGAAGGACAGAGGAUUCUGUGAUUACUUUGGAGAGAGGCAGUUUAGUGCCCCGCGUGUCUUGCGGCCCGGACUUCGAUCACAUGAUUCUCGGCAGCGAGGGCACCUUAGGUGUCAUCACGGAGGUCGUCAUGAAAAUCAGACCGUUACCGCGGGUGGUGAAAUACGGUAGCGUCGUGUUCCCGAAUUUUCAAAAUGGCGUUCAUGCAUUACGGGAGAUCGCGAAGGAACGAUGUCAGCCAGCCAGUAUACGCUUAAUGGACAACGAGCAAUUCCAGCUUGGGCAAGCGCUACGCCCUGAGUCUGGUUGGAUCAAAAUGAUAUUGCAAAGCCUCAAACAAAUGUACAUCACCGGCAUAAAAGGUUUCCAAUGGGAUCAGAUAUGCGUGGCUACGCUGUUGAUGGAGGGUAACGUGGCGACAGAUGUUACAGUGCAAGAACGAAAGAUUUACAGCAUAGUCGAGAAGUAUGGCGGUGUUCCAGCGGGCGAAACGAACGGCGAGCGUGGAUAUAUGCUGACGUUCGUAAUUGGAUACAUCCGUGACCUGGCGCUCGAGUUCAACGUGUUAGCGGAGUCGUUCGAGACUUCCGUUUCCUGGAAUCGCACGUUGUCACUGUGUAGAAAUGUUAAGUCACGCGUAGCCAGGGACUGCGAAGCACACGGCAUACGCAAAUAUUUCAUCUCCUGCCGUGUCACACAGACCUACGACGCGGGCUGCUGCGUGUACUUCUACAUGGCGUUUAAAUACACAGAUCUGGAAAAUCCAGUUGAGACUUACGAGGCUAUCGAAUACGCAGCGCGAGAGGAAAUACUCGCGAGCGGCGGCUCCCUGUCGCACCACCACGGCAUCGGCAAGCUACGGGCGCCGUUUUACUCCGAGUCCGUCGGCCAAGCGGGCGUCUCUCUUUACCGUGCGACUAAAGCACACUUGGAUCCGCAUAAUAUAUUCGGUGCGAGGAAUAUAGAUGUAAUGUACAAAGCGAAACUGUGAGCUAUCGGGUGUGUACGAGCGAUGCAAUAUAGUAGCGGUGUUUGUGACUAAGAAAUUUGGCAUCAGAGAAUGAUUUUCAUUCAUUUUGACGGAAAACAGAAAAGAAAAACAUGAAUAGUAAGAGACAAAUAGUAUUGUCGUUUACUGAUUUAUCAUGUGUAGAAAAAAAAGACUAGUUUAUAAUAUAUAAAUAAUUAUGCACCGUAACGACGUUUUGGUACAAAUGCGGAAUUAUAAUUGUAAUCGGCAUUUUUAUAAAUUAUUACAACUAAACAGAACAUACAUAUACUUUC